CUCAGACUCAGGUUCUCACCCACUGUACCACCUUCCAAGUCUGCGCUCACGCCCUUUUCGUCCGUCAUACUCAACACUUCAGCGCGAAAAUCUCUUGACGGAGUAAUUAAUUCUUUUCGCCGCAUCGAUAUUCUCAAUCGUCUGUACUACGCCGCAGCGAGAAACGGAUCCGAAAUUUAGAAUUCCUCCCUCAAUGGCACCGUCGCUGAUUGCGACGUGAUCGCCCACCAUGUCGGAGUCGACGUCCACGUUGAUCGACGCUGGCAUUGCUGUCGCUGCUACACCACAUUCUCACGAUACGGUCGUCACGACUGCGCCUGUCGAUACCAACACCAAAAACCCUACGACCGCUCAACCUGGCGCUACCUUUUUGCAUUCGCCUCCCGAUAGCAACAACACGGCGAAGUCUGAUGGUUCAGAUUCUGAGUCUGAGUUGAGCGAUCUUGAAGACGAACCCAUCCUGAGCGAUCCACCGCAGCCUGUUUCUUCUGGCGAAAAUGUCAACAGCGACGAUAAGAAGGAAGAUGCCGACGAAGACAUUGACAUUGGAGAGGUCCUGCCAGAUUCCUGGUCUGGUGCUGUUCCUAUCUUUAAGCCUACCAUGCACCAGUUCAAGGACUUCAAGCGCUUCAUGGAAGCCGUCGAUAGCUAUGGAAUGAAAUCCGGCAUCAUUAAAGUUAUCCCCCCGCAAGAAUGGAAAGACGCCCUUCCCAAACUCGACGACCUUGUGAAGCAGGUUAAAGUUCGAGAGCCGAUCAAGCAAGAUAUUAUGGGAUCCAAUGGAACCUAUCGCCAAGUCAACAUCCUUCACGGACGAUCCUAUAACCUGCCCCAGUGGCGCCAGCUAUGCGACCAGAGCGAACACCAGCCCCCGGCUAGACGUGGUGAGCGACGCGCCAAUGCCGAGAAGCCUAAAACACGAACUCGGGCUGCAACCGCGACUGUGGCUAAACCUGCUGAUCCUUCGACCCCUAAGAAGAGAGGUAGGGGACGACCUGCCAAGCGAGGAGGUAGAGGGAAGCGGCUCAAGCAAGAACAAGCGGAUGAUAAUGAAGACCGACCUAUGACUCCGGUCUCACCCAAGCCAGAGGUUGCUGAGACUGAGGAUAAACCUGUCGAGUCAGUAGAGAAGGAUCCUGGUGAAGAGGUUGAGGAGGAUUAUGAACCUACUGUUGGUCGCAUGGGUGGUCUCCGACAGGCAAGAACCAAGACACAAACAGUCUCGGCCCGCCGCAAAUACAGUCGCCGAGAGGGAUCCGCUAUGAUCGAUGAAGCUGCUUUUAAAGACUGGGAUUACAAGAUGGACAUAUCCGAGUAUACCCCUGAACGCUGCGAGGAACUUGAGAGGGCUUAUUGGAAGACCCUUACCUAUGCACCUCCCCUCUACGGCGCUGAUCUGAUGGGUACGCUUUUUGACGAAUCCACCGAACAGUGGAAUUUAAACAAGCUGCCUAACCUUUUGGAUGUCUUGGGCGAAAAGGUUCCAGGAGUCAACACAGCUUAUCUCUACCUUGGCAUGUGGAAAGCAACAUUUGCUUGGCAUCUUGAAGAUGUUGAUCUUUACAGUAUCAACUACCUUCACUUUGGUGCUCCCAAGCAGUGGUACAGUAUCUCCCAAGCCGAUGCCCGCCGGUUCGAGGCUGCGAUGAAGAAUAUCUGGCCUACAGAUGCUAAGGCAUGUGAUCAGUUUCUUCGCCACAAAGGAUUCCUCAUCUCGCCUCAGCAUUUGAAGUCGCAUUAUAACAUCACUGUCAACAAAUGCGUAUCUUACCCUGGAGAGUUCGUCGUGACCUAUCCAUAUGGAUACCAUUCUGGUUACAACCUGGGCUACAACUGUGCCGAGGCUGUCAAUUUCGCACUCGAUUCUUGGCUAGACAUCGGUAAAAUCGCCAAAAAGUGCGAGUGUGCCGAAGCGCAAGACAGUGUCUGGAUUAAUGUCUACGACAUCGAGCGCAAAUUACGUGGAGAAGAAACAGAAUAUGAAGAAACCGAGGACGACGAGGAAGAUGACGAAGAUGAACAAGGUGGCAUGCCAACACCACCUUCUGGCUCUGGUGUCAAGUUCAGACUGGCUGGCCGCAAGCGAAAGCGUGCACCUGGCGAGAAGGGAGGCAAGGUCAAGAAGAUCAGACUUCGUCUCAAAUCGAAAGCCGAGCCACCCUGCUGCCUCUGCCCUAACGACACUCCAUCGGCCGAUCUAUUGCUCACAGAUGAUGGUCGAAGAGCUCAUCGACUUUGUGCGCACUAUCUGCCAGAGACGUAUACCGAAACAAUCGACGGACAGGAGACUGUCGUCAAUGUGUCUGAAAUCCACAAAGAUCGAUUCGAACUUAAGUGUCUCUACUGCCGUUCCAAACAGGGCGCUUGCUUCCAAUGUUCCCAAAAGAGAUGCGCCCGGGCUUAUCAUGCAACAUGCGCAGCCGCAGCCGGUGUUUUCGUCGAAGAAGAAGAAAUCCCAGUCUUCGGUGAAGAUGGCACAGAAUACAAGGAGCAAGCCUUCGAGUUCAGUUGUCGAUACCAUCGGACGAAGCGAGAUAGGAAGCUUGAUGGAGAUGCGUUGGAGACUGACUCACGAGUCCGAACGGCAGCUUUAAAGCUUCAGCCUGGCGAGACCUGCCAGUUGCAAUACUUCAAGGGCGACAUCUUUGCUGGUGUCGUGGUUGAAAACCGACACGAUGAGCAAACGUUGCUUAUUGACAUCUUGCCAAAUGGUGACCGCCUCGAAGUCGAAUGGAAAUGGCUACUGGUACCCGACCCAGCCGAUUAUCGCCUGCCAAAGGCAUCGGCAAAGGCCAUUCCGAUGCCUGCGUCCCAGAAGGCCAAGGAGAAGCUCAAAACAAAACGACUUCAUGACGGCAAGCCCCAGAAGGAUGAUCCUUUCGUUGAAGGCUGUACUUGGGCCGAAUUCAACAGCCACCCUGUCGGAAACAAAGAACAAGUCAAGAUCGAUUUCUGCAAACCCGACCAAAUUUGGUAUUAUUUGCCUAAGACAUCGACAGAAGCCCGCGCCCAAUUCACUGAAGAUCCUAGCAACCCACGUCAUAAUCCGAGGGGUAAUUUCCUAUCGACAGUUCCCAAACCUGUCAAGCCCCCAAGGCCGGUUCCAGCAUAUCCUCCACGGCAAGCAUACCAGCCCGCCGCGCCUUAUCCUGCAGCACGACUCGACAAGCCAUAUAUGUACAAGCCACGAACCCCUGCUUCUAACAAUUACCCUGCGAUGGGCAACUUCACCACUCAAAGAUUCACACCAGCUGCCCCUUCGCCCGUUCCAGUCCAGCAACAGCCCGGGAACUAUCGUUAUCCAUAUGCACAACCUACACUUUCGGGACAACAAGCCGCUCCCGCCUACUCUGCUCAAAAGUUCGAGGCUAGGCAAUCACCCGCCUAUACACCUCCCGGAAGCACACCCAGGGUGCAGAGUUCUGCGAACGCAUUGCCACAUUAUCAGCAGAACCAGUGGCACGGAAGAUAUACCUCUGCCCUUCCUGCACCAACCCCUAGUCAUCCUGGAGUAGCCCAUCCCUAUCCACAACCAUACCAGGCUCCAGCACCUGCAAACCACCACCAGGCACAGCAAGCAAGAGUGGCUUUGCAGGCAGAUGUAUCUAUAUUCCAAAAGUAUCCCUUUUUUCAGGUCAACCAUAACAGGGACUCGACUAAGUACCGGACGCCAUAUGCUGCUUGGGGAGGCUUCACCAACGGAUACGAGGGCAACUUCAGGGCUCAUAUUAUGGCCAACAAGGAUGCGUAUCUCAACGGUACCAUCAAAGAUAAUAGAUUCCAGAGCAGUCAGAAUUUCGGCGCCUACCAGCCUCUACACCACCAUCCUCCGGCGCAUGGCCACCAUGCGUCUCCUGAGAGCCAGCUUCGGAUCAGCCAACAACCGAACUUGAAGCAAGUGCCCACGCCAUCUCCAGGAACUGGCACCCCCAGCUUCAGCCAGUUUCCUCGGCCUGCGAUAAAACAACAGUAUUUGCCCCCUAUGCCUGUGCAAACGCAUGCACCGACACAAGCACAAGUACAGGCACCAAUGCAGCCACAGGUGCAGCCACAGGCGCAGCCGCAAAAGUCGACCCCGAAGCCCCAGCAGAGGCCUCCGCAGAAGCCUCCGCAAAAGGCUGAAGAAAAGCCUCAGCAGAAGUCCCCACAGACUGCCCAGCCCCCUAACCAGAGCAGUAAACCUAAGAUUGGGACGAUUUUUAAGGAAUACAAGAUACCCCCGAAAGAGUCGCCAGUACCGUUGCCUGCAAACUUUCUGGCUUCGAUGGCGCCUACGUCUAAGACCCCUGCUCCCGUUGCCGCCGGAAAGCCGAUCUUGCAACAAUCCGAGAGCAAAGGCUCACCUGCUACGCCCAAGCCUGCAGAACCGAUCCGGGCACCUCAGCAGACAUUGUCGAAUGGACAGCCUUUGAACAAUCAAAAUCUUGGGACUAAGGUUUCCAAGACCCCCAUUCCAAUUCCGCGGUUGCCGGGCGUUGCUCAGAUCUCUUCGCAAGGUUCAGCCUCAGCCUCAACACAACAGCAGGGUGCUUCACCUUUCCAGGAUAGCAAGUUGACAUCUACGGGUUCAAACUUGGUACACGCAAUCGAUACAACUGCGCUGGCGACGAGCACCUCUUCCGGACAACAAGAGUUUGCAGACGUUCCUGGAGGUGAAUCUAUGGAAUUCAUGGAUCGACUUAUGGCGAGCAUACGUACAAUAGCCCGUCGCGACGAAACAGUCUGAGCUGUCACCGACACGAACUGCUCUGGGCUAUGUAUCCGAAUACCCUCUUCAAUUUUAGCAACUACCUUUGGAACCAUGGGAAGGCGUUUACGGAUUUCAGUGUUUAUGAUACGCAUCAGGCAAAUGGGAGUUGAGGGACAUGGAGUGAUAUAUGACGAUCAGGUUAAGGCGCAUGACGAAGGAGAGUGUGUUUAUGUAGUAUCAGGUGCACGACAGGCGCUCUUAAAAACGCCAGAAAGUCAACGGAGUUUCAAUGAUUUAAAAGUUAAAACGCCUACAUAGCAAUACGCGAAGUAAAGCCAAAGGCCUCAAAGCACUAUAACAAAA